AUGGCAGACACUCAAUUGCCCCUGCUUGGGGUCAUUAUAUGCUGCACAUCCAUUGAACCAGAAAGGCGCUCACAGUUGGCGGUAAUCGCGUCCCAGAUGGGCGCCAUUCACAAAUUCGACCUCACAUCCGACGUGACCCACCUAAUCGUUGGCGACACGGACACGCCAAAGUACAAGUUCGUUGCAAAGGAACGGCCUGACGUUAGAUGCCUUUUACCGAGCUGGGUCGACGCUGUACGAGCAUCAUGGAUGGAGGGCGGGGAAACCGAUACUGUCGCUCUUGAGCUUGCACACAGACUGCCUACUUUGAUGGGGCUUAGGAUUUGCGUUACUGGAUUCGAUGAUUUGGUAUACCGCAAGGGGCUAGAAGAUCUCAUCAACGACAACGGCGGCGAUUACCGAGGAGACCUUACAAAGGACGUCACACAUCUCAUCGCGAAGGUGGCAUCAGGCGCAAAGUACGGUUACGCAGGUCAGUGGGGUAUCAAAACGGUUUCCGUCGAAUGGUUGGAGCAGAGUCUUGAGAGGGGCAUGAUCCUGGAAGAAGGUCUAUACGAUCUACUGCUUCCAGCUUCAGAGCGUGGCAGAAAUGCUUGGAUACGGAAAUCCUUUUCGACAAAUUCGUUGGGGAAGCGAGCGCGAGACGAGGAGAUCAUCCCGCCAAACGCAAGGAAACUGAGAAGGACGGCGAGCGCGAGGCUGAGCAGUCACAAUGAUGGAUUGUGGAGCGAGAUCAAUGGUGGAGAGCUUAAGGUUGAAGAGAUUAAGGCGAACGCGUGGGGUGAACCUCAGGGAGAGACGCUUGAUCACCGCAAGUCUCCAGACGCUGCGCAAGCAAAGGUGUCCGCUUGCGGCCAGAUAGCUGCUGGCUACCAUGCUUUGGAAAGAAGCCAAUCCGUGGCCAACCUGUCGUCCACUCUAUGCAAAGCUCCACAGCAGGAAGGCCUGUUCCGUGCGAAGACAUUCUUGCUUCGUGGUUUUGACGGAAAGAAGACUGCCAUACUCGAGGAGCACUUGCGUUCACAUGGGGCCGAGAUCAUCGACGACGCUUCCCAAUUACCUCCCGCACCCAAAGAUGGUGCCCCUAGAAACGGCUAUAUUCUGAUUCCCCAUACAAGCUCUGACCCCGACUCACCCUCAAUAUCUGAGAACGAACAUCAGCCAGUGCUGGUGACAGAUAUGUGGGUUGAGAGGUGCCUGUACCGAAAGCAAUUUGAAGAGCCUCAAGCAAGUGUGACGAACACACCCUUCCGGCACUUUCCCAUUGCAGGCUUCGAAGAUUUCACAAUUUGCUCCACUAGUUUCCAGGGCAUAGAUCUGCCGCACAUGGUUAAAGCCGUCAAGUUGAUGGGCGCCACUUACGAUGAAUUCCUUACUCCCAAAGCGUCCGUCCUAUUGUGCAAUGCGGUGACCCCUGGACACGAAAAAUUGCUCUACGCCCAACUCUGGGGUAUUCCCGCAGUGAAAGCAGAGUGGCUGUGGGUUUGUAUCCGAAGAGGCGAGUCUAUCCCAUUUGGACCGUAUCUCAUCCAGCCACUUCGAGAUCCGAAUCAAAUACUGAAAAACGCGGAGGCUCCAAUUCCCCAGGACAAAUCCGCCAUAUCUCGCAAGAGUGAGAAGAGCUCAGAAAGAACAGAUACGAUAUCGAAAACACCCACCAAGCUAUCAUUGCCAUCUGCCGGAGAGAACAAACAUCUAAUGAAAGACACACCCAGCUCCAGUGAACAGAUUCAUGUCGUUCAACCGAAACCCGGUUCAACCACGAGACCAUCGGGCAUCAAUCACAUCAGACUACCAGACACGAAGACGACUAACGACACUACCAUGACAGCCCAUAUCAACCUCGACGAUGAUUCUUCGCAUACUUUACGCCCCGCAUCGGGUCCGCUCCACGAAAUCUCCCCCAACACCUCUCAAACCAAACGGUCCAUCUCACCGGAGAAACUACCUCAACCGUCCGCAUCCGCAGAGCAAAUGCCGUCACCCCAGAAACCGGAUCCUACCUCGUCGUCCUCCCUCGGACCUGCCAUCUCAUCCCUCCUGGCUCACCACCAGCGCGCCUCCACGAACCCCGGACCAUCAGCGUCUUCCUCGUCAGAACAGCCACGCCCAUACCGCCGCCGGCGGCAGCUCCUCGGCCGGGCACCAUCCAAUCUCUCAUCCCACAGCAUCAACCUCUCCCGCGCCAGCAGCGUUGAUACGAUGAACACCGACGGUCUCGGCACCCCACUCGAGUCAUCAAACACGACCAAAUUCGACAAAAAUAGGAACACUCACAGUGGUGAUAGAGCAGAUAUCAAACCCAUCUGGAGCGCGCACCAAGAAGAUCCGGACCGCGAAGAGGCGCCCUUGCAAAUGACGCAAUUGGGCUAUGAAGACGAGACGGUGAAAGCGUGGAGGGAGAGAGUGGAUGUGAAGAUGGGCGUGGGUCAUGGGAAAGCCAAAGGCAGGGGAACGCCGGGGAAAGGGAAACCUAGAGAUGUCGCCGCUGGGGGAUUAGGCAUCAGUACGAGGACGAGGUUGGCUAGCGGGCGAUGA